GUUUUGAAUUUUCUGAAAUGUGUCAAAGUCAGUGGAUAGGUUGGGAAAUGUGUGGAAAUUCGAUUUUGGGAAAAUAUGCUUCGACAUCUGGUUCCAAUUCGAAACUAUGCGCGAAGAGCCGGCAUACCUGGUCUCAACAAAUUAUCAAAGGAGCUCAAGGAUGUUAAUGAAAUAUUUGAAGAUCCUGAGGGAUUCGGCGAUAUAGAAUCCGAUUUCAUGGAAGUACAUAAAAGCCAUAAACAACAUGAACGUGAGAUGCAAGAUCAUCGGGAACGAAUAAGACACUUCACCGUAGGCAACAAAUAUUUCAGAACUAAACAACCAAACUUUCUUACUUAUGCCGAAAAAGAACAAAUUAAAUUACUUCAUUCACGUGAUCCACAAGAAUGGGAUCCGGAAAAACUGUCUGAAAGUUUUCCGGCAACACCUGAAAUUAUUGCUCAGAUUAUCAAAGGAAAAUGGAUAGCAGCGAGGUCCCAGCGGGUACAACGUCAUGACGAAAGUGUCAUAGAAAAUUGGAAAAUGUUUCGGGAAGGGAAAUUUACAGAGCUGGAUCCAGCUUUGGAGCAACAUCUUCGCAAGUUCGCAAAUAGAACACCUGAGGAUUUGAGAAGCUUGCACACUGUGACCCUCCCCAAACCAGAACUGCCCAAACCUAACAGGACUGAGUUUUUAAGUAUAAUCACCGAAAGUACGAAAUUCCGAAGAUUAGCACAACCAAGAUUGUCUGCCUCUUCAGAGGUUGACGACUCGACAGGCCAGCAGGAACCUGAUGAAGAUAAAACCAACUCCAGUCGUAUUCCGUCACCCAAUAAUAAUCCUCCACCGCUUGCUACAAAUCAAAUGAUGGACGAUGAGACCUAUUUGGUUGACCAAGUUCAGAAUAAAACUCCAAUGAGAUUCAGAGAUUUGGUGCGUCGCAAUCCCGAAGUUCAACAGGAUAGCAAGGAAACAGCCUUGCAUCAAAUAGCAAAUCCCCAAGGGACGGGCGUGUUAGCGUCUAAUUCAAAGGAUAACGGAAGAGAUCUGUCUGAAGUAAAUAAGUUCGCAGUGAAUGAGGUUGAACUUAAUGCUCGAGAUAUGAUCAGCUUGAGCAGUGGAAUCCGAGAAAGAAUCCAUAUACCUAGACGACUUUGGAAGAGAGGAUCUAUAUAUAAAGUGAGUGACUGUUAUUAUGAUAGUGAUGGGGAAUUUUUGUACAGAGUACCGGGUAUGACUGGUCGACAUGUAGAAGAAUAGAAAUAAUUGAUUCAGGUUAGGCUCUUUGGCCGAGCUUAUGGAACUACGUAUCCACGGACUAGUAAUCGGGAAUAAAUAAGAAAAUUGGCUUCAUUUCGAUUAGUUAGUAACAAGUUUACAUACAAUGGAAUGGAAUGUAAGUGCUAUUGUCAGCACAAUGCCUCCUCAGUAGAUUUACUCUUACCUUACCGGCAUUGCAAAGGUUGAUGCAAUUGAAAUUUAAGACGUGAAUUCCGGAUGAAGUGAAUGCAUGUCAUUGAUAUUAGCACAAUGUGUAACAAGAUAUACAGUGGUCAAAAAAAGUUUGUCAACAACGCUCAAUAAAAUGACCACGAGGGGAAGGGUAGGAAAACAAUUCGUUUAUUUAGCCAGAAUGGGUUGUAACAUACAAAAGAAACAUUAGUCAAUACACAUGUACAAAAAAAUAAUGGAGAAAAGUGAAUCAAAUUAGCACAGCCGUAGGAAAAUGAAAGAAAAUCCAACUUCACAGUUAAAAAAAAGUAUGUCAGCACUACAAAUAUGAGGUUAGACAAUUAAGUAAUGAGACUGAUUUUAUUACCGCGCUUGUGGUAAACCUACAACCUUCAAAUUCCCUUCCCCUUCCCCGGCAUCCUUCUCCUCUCCAUUAAUAUAUUCACCGUCGCUCUAGCUUUUUCAGUUCGCCUGCUAUGUCGUGUUGAGUAGACGUGUGUUGGUGGUGCUCGUCACGAAAGUGGAGAAACGAAAUCUAGAGCAACGCGUCGCGAUAAAAUUUCGCGCCAGAUUGGGCGAAGCAGCUUCGAAAACGUACGCUUAAAUUGUAAAAGUGCAUGGUGAUCGUGCUCUUAGUCGUCCCCAGGUGUUUCGAUGGCAUAGAGUUUAAGCAGGGGCGUGAGAGCGUGGAAAAGGAGGCGCGGAGUGGGAGACCAGUCGAGGUGCGGACUGACGCGAAUGCGCAGCGUGUGCGUGUCCCAAUCCCUGAAGAUCGGCGUUUAGCAGUUCAAUUGUUGGCCUCGGAACUGGGUAUGAACCGUGAAACAGGCAAAUUUUAACAAAUGAUUUCGGGAUGAAAAAGUUGUGCGCGAAGAUAGUUCCAAAGAAUCUUUCUGAGGAACAGAAGCAGCAUCGAAUGACCGUCACAGAAGACUGUUUGGAACAAUGGAACAAGAGGAAAACGAUCCCACGUUGCUUGAUCGAGUUAUAACGGGCGAUGAGAGCUGGUUUUUCCAAUACGACCCGGAAACCAAACGCCGCGUCGUUUUGCUUUUCAUUUUUCCUGUGUCCGUGUAUUCAGUUAUGUUUCUUUAGUAUGUUACCAAAAAUUUGGGCAUACUCAACAUAUUUUUCUCAUACUUUGACCCCCAUUUUCAUUUUUUGACCGUUGUUGACAAACUUUUUUGACCACUGUAGAUACAUACGAUGGGAUAGGUAGACAUUUGAGUUUUCGUGUUUUAGAUAUGGCAAUUAAUGAUUCUGUUGCUAAAUUAAUAAUUAGGAAAUUCAACUUUUGAACUAAUAACUAUGUUGUUAUACAAUAACGUUGAUAGUGUUUGUUAAUAAAUAAAUCAUAAUUAAAAUUGA